AUUGAAGUCUCGGAGAAAUAAACGUUCGGAACCUUAUUAUUAUCCUUUGUUAUGGAGAGCGUUGAGAAGAGGAAGGCUUACAAUCCUAUCUUUAGAAAUACCGCACGGAUGGGUCUGGAACAAUCUGAUAUUGACGAAGUCCAGAAAAGCUGGGAUAUUGCAAAGUCAGCAGCUAAGCUUAGAGAGCAUGGAAUAGGAUUCUUCGAGCUCCUGUUCAAGACUUAUCCAGACUGGAGGGAACAAUUUUUUGGACACCUUGGCACCAUGCCAUUCGCUGAGCUUAAGGAUACACCAAAAUUCAGGGCCCAUGCUGGACUUGUAAUGUCUACAUUGAACUUUUGGGUUUCGAAUCUGGAUGAUAUUGACCUAGUGGUGGCAUCUGUUCAGAAAACAGGCAGAAAUCAUUCAGGUCGAGGAAUAAAAGAGGAAGAGUUUAAGAAGAUAGGAGAGGUUGUACUAGCCUAUCUCAAGCUUGGUCUGAAAGAUGCAUUCACCGAGGAAAUGUCCGUUGGUUGGACUAAUCUACUUGCUACUGUUGUAACUAUAAUCAAAGCUGAAAACGAGAAAGAAGAUUAAAUAUCUUUUACAAAAUAAAUCAAAAAUCAAAAUCUGUGGAUACCAUCAUGCACAAAAACACAGUUCGAUCAAGUUGCAUUUUGGGGUCCAAUAUUGAGAAUUGUGUUCCAUUUAAUGAUAUUUGUAAACAGUUCCGGGGUCCGUAGUUUUCUAUUCAAUGAAGUCACAAUAAGUCCUGCAGAAAAGUCAGCAUUGUGCACUGAAAAACUGUCUGAAAAUAAAUUAAGUCAAGAUUUUUCCAAAAUUUUAAGGCUUUAGUUUCUAUUUUUCAGAUGAAUUCUUAAGCGAAAAAAGAGUUUUGAUAAUUUUUCCCAAAUGCUUUUUAUAUUUUAGGGACUUUUAACAUCCAAAUGCUUUCUUUCUUAUGACUUUAUUAGAAAUGCAAUUGUAGAAUUAUAAUAAAUUUUAAUUUUU